AUGUCUGUAAGAUCCUCCUUUCAAGUUAUGCGUCAAAUAGCUGGUGGUUCAAAGAACCUUGGGUAUUGCUUUCAAGAUUUAAAGAACUUUCUCACCACUGUUCGACAAAAGGAAAUGGUCAUUGGUGAUGCAACUAUGAUCCAACAAUAUCUUAGAAAUGAACCUUUGAGGAACCCAUCGUUCUAUUAUGAUAUCCAAGUUGAUUUUGAAGAGAACAUAGCUAGCAUUUUGUCUGCUCCAUUCCUUGGAUUUGACAAUCACCGUAAGAGUGUAUUAUUUGGUUCUACCCUGCUCUACGGUGAGACUUCUGCAAGUUUUGAUUGGUUGUUUACCACUUUCCUGAAGUGCAUGAAAAAUAAGAAACCCAUUACAAUUUAUACAGACCAAACUUGUGCUUUGAUGAAGUCAGUUCGAAACAUUUUUCCCGAUGUCUUCCAUGGGUUGUGUUCCUGGCACAUGGGGGAGAAUGAAAAAUCCAACUUAGGCUCUCAUUGCAAUGCUGCAUUUCUUGACGAACUACAUCAUCUGGUUUCGAAUGUUGAUGAUGAGGCAGAGUUUGACUUCAACUGGAAUAAGAUGCUUCAAAAUUGUUUUGGUGGUAAAGCUACUUCUGAAUUUACUUGGCUUGUCCAGAUUCAUCGUAAUCGUACUCAAUGGUCUUCUGCUUGGGCGAAAUCACACUUCACUGCUGAUAAUCAUGCUGAUUGUGAUUACAAGGAUGCCAGUACCAGGCCAAGAAACAAUUAUCCCAACAGCCAAAUCAUAAGGUCUGUUGUUGCCAAGUAUACUCCAGCAUCGUUUGCAUUCAUUCACAAGCAAUAUGAUCUUUCUUUCAAAUAUUAUUAUGAGGAGGACACAUCAAGAAGUUCAAUUUCUAAUAGAGUUUUCAAAGUGUUCAUAAUUCAACUUGUUCGUGAUGCCGAUGAGAUGGAUUAUGAUAAUAAUGUUGCUGGGAAUGUUUAUAUGUCGGUCGAAGAAGUUCCAGAAAAUCUUCUUCCUAAUGAUCAAGAUCCUUUGCGACUUGAUGAGAGGAUUGUUACUAUAGAUAUUGGGAACAAGAUUUUUACUUGUACAUGUCGGAUGUUUCAGAACCGGGGAUUCUUAUGUCGCCAUGUUUUCAAGAUAUUAGCCUUCUUAGGGAGUUCUGUCCAAUACCAGUCCUUGAAGACCAUACCUGACCACUACAUAUUGAAGCGUUGGACUAAAGGAAUUCGUCCAUCCCUUUAUAAGUUACAACCCAUCACCAUUGGAGGAAUUCAAGAUACUACUUUACACAAAGAUAUCAACAAGCUUCUGCAAUCAGAAGAGUUAAUUGUUGCUAAAGGCGUUUCCGGUCAACCUUCAUCUUCCAGGUCUACAUCUUGCAAAGAUACUAGCGUUGCUGAACCUCUUGUAGUUGAUUCUAGUGCAAAAAAGUUCAAAAAGAGACCCAAUCCAAUCAGGUAUAAGAAACGGCUCAAAAGUGAUUAUGAGUUAGCUAGGGAGAGACAAAGAUUCAUCGCACAACGGAAGAAACAAAAGAAAGACAAAGAUGCUGCAAAAUUAGCUUUAACAAUGAACAAUGUUGAUUGA